CCGAAAUGUCAUGUCUGUAAAGUGAGUAAAAACAAGCAGAUGCAAGCAGCAAAUUGAAAAUGUUGAAAUAAGAUCGACAACUUGAACACCAAGCAACUUAGUCCACGAGAUGAAUGAUUGUGUAGGAUACAUAUUCGCUCCAACACAUAAUGCAAACAAUAACGUAAUGAUUGGUCUUUUAGGGUAUCUAUCUAUUAAGUUGGCAAGUGUACCGAGUUUUCUUCAGUUAACUAUAUGGAUAUUUGUGCAGUGGAUUUCAUGUUAUUCUGGGCAAAAACUAGAGAACGCUAGCUCAUCUUUACGAGACGAGGUUUACGAGUUACCUUGGUAUGAUAUGGAUCCAUCUUUGGCACGUAUAUACAAAAUAUUCUGUUCUUGUGUGGCUUCUACAUUUCACAUGAAAAUACAACCAAUAAUGUACAUGAAUAUGAAUAGUUUCUCUUCGAUUUUGAAAGGUGCAUAUUCCUUCCUUAUGUACCUAUUGAAGAUGUGAGGACAAAACGUAAGAUAAUUAGAUUUGAUGCACUUGAACAGAAUUGUUGGCAUGAUGGACACCGAUGAACCAAUAUUAGCAAUAGCGAAAAUUGUCAAAUAUUGUUCAAGCACUCUGAAGUCUG